AUGGCAUGUGCUGUUCUUGUGCUGUACAAAGCUUCCGGUCAAGGAAGGACUGGCGACGACAUAUACGUGGGCGAGUGGGUCGAACAACUGGAAGACGAUGGCACGCGCGAGGGUGACUGCGCCUGA